AUAUCCUUUAACAAACUUGACACUGUCUCUCAGUGGACAUUUGCCCGGAUUCACAAGAAGACUCCUUAAUGUGCUCCAUUCUCCUCGAAUAUGAUUUCGGGGUCUUUUUACGCGUUGUUGGCGGGGUUUUGGGGCGCCGCUGCCUCUUUGUCGGCCAAGCUGUCCGUCGGUGCAGACUACCUGAGAGACAUGUGUGAGACCGGGCUCAGCGGCUGGACUCAAACACACAGUGCAACUACAGCCUGUGACUGGCUCUGCCUCCCCCUGCGGCUGCUGUGUGGAGGCCUGCUGUUCACCUGCAAUGCUGUCAUGUGGACCUUCUUCUCCAAGGCUCUCCGACACUGCUCCUCUUCAGCCAGGGCCACAGUCACUAGUACUGCAUCUAACUUUAUCUCCUCGGCUGUUCUGGGAAGGGUGAUUUUUGGAGAGACCCAUGCAGCUCUCUGGUGGGCGGGCAUCUUUCUCACUCUGUGUGGGUUGCUGGUGCUCUAUGGAUCCACAUCUCAGACACUCCCGCAGGAAGAGGGCAAAAAGAUGCCAUAGCUUUGGCUCAUCACUGCUCCUCGGUCACGGUCGCGCCAACCUGGCGGCAAGACUCCCUCAGAGACACAUAAUGGAUUUUCUCAGGCACUUAGCGGCGGAAAUGCUGCUUAUAUAAGUCAGUGUCCCUAAGUGCAAUUAAAACAACAGAUUCGGUACCAUUCGUCCCAGUUAUACAUUUGCAGUACAUGCAGUCCACAUUACGGCCUGUUAACUCUUAGGCUGUUUCAUAAAUGCAUUCACGAGCCCCAUGAGUAGAGAUGAGGGUGUAUUUAUUUUUAAUGACAUGCAUAAAACUGUCUGUCUGCAAAUAUCUGAUCAUUUUAACAUUGCACACAUCUACGUGUUUUCCUGUUAAAACUCAGGUCCCUCUUGUAAAAGUGAUCCUUGAUCACACUGGAGCAAACCUGGUUAAAUAAUAAUAAAGGGUACCUGCUUUAUUUAAUGUUAGGACCAUAGACUGUAUGGUUAGAACAUGAUGACAUUCUUACUUUGGCACCAUCUAGUGUUAGUAUUAAGUAUGUCGCUGGAAGAAAGCAAUGCACACCACAGAACUGUAAUAUUGAGAAAUGAAAGCUCUGUGCAGUACCACUUAUUUGGUAUUGUCUUAUUAGUUUAGAAUGUCAAUCUUUCUAAAAUCAGCAAGUUCACUUUUAUUGGAAAUACCUUUUGUAUGUAAAACUGCAGAUGAGUUUGUAAAAAAAUAAAUUCUCUCAUUCAA